AUGGAUUAUGCAUAUAGGGCACCUAGAGAAUCUCGCUAUGCGGUACCGCUGAGAAUCAGCGCCGCCUCGAACGGCUUGCAGUUCUCGCAUCAUUUCAACAGCUCAUAUGGAGGGCGAUAUCAAAGUCCAAGGCUGCUUAGCACGCAGUAUUAUUCAGAUGCACCUGCUGGGCCCCGAUUCGAUGGGAGACCCGCGAAGAAGCAGCAAACCGCGGUGCUAACGCCAGUAGAUCCUAAUAAGGGCGCGGCAAGGCCAACUGUACCCGUUCUGCGACGGACGGUCUCAAGCCUCGUCCCACCAGAUGUUCCUUUAAAACCUCUUGCAAAAUCCAAGGCCAAAAAUGAAGCCACGAGUAAGCUCAGACCGACAGGGAAAUCUAUGGCAGCAGCUAUGAAAGCCGCGCAUAGAUUGAGUUCUUCAGGUGCUUCGAUUCACUCCACAACCUCGAGUUUUCGUUCGAGGAAGCGGAAGUAUUAUCAAGUUGCUUGCUUGACUUCCAUGCCCUGCGAAAUUCUCGAUGAGAUAUUCUGUCACCUUGAUCAGAAGACUCUCCAUGCCAUUCUUCUUUCCAACAAGUAUCUUGCUGACUCUGCGGCGCCAGCACUUUACGCCGCACCAACCUUCGCGAGUACUUAUCGCUUUGCACAAUUUGUUUCUUUGAUAACUCAUAACGCACCUUUGGCAAAUUUGGUCCGCGAGUUAGAUCUAUCGAAUAUCCCUUCCGAAGUGCCAGAGGAUAUGCCGUUAGCUGGGUGGAGAGACUGGAAGUAUAGAACUGAUCCGCUGCACACGAUAAGGAGAGAGGAUAACUUCAGAUUGAGGAAAGGAGUGAAGGUCGUUGCGCCGCCUACACCACCGAAGGGGGUACAUCCGCUACCAUCGCCAUUUUUAACGCAGUAUCACACUUGUAGAGAUGUGCCAUUUGGAGCUUUGUUGCAUAUCAUUGUUGCUUGCCAAAGACUGAGGAAAGUUGAUAUCUCAAAUGUUCCAAUAGCAGAUGAUUAUGCCGUCCUUUCACCAGCAGCCAGGUAUUCGAAAUAUAGGCCCACUGCAUUCACAAACCUCCUGUUUGUAUCGGAUGUACCAAAGGCAUAUACCUGGAGACCAGACGAGACGAAAGCGAUCAAUGCGGCCGUGGAUGUUGUCGACGCAGUUUUGAAGCUCAAGAAUCUGGAAUACUUUGGAGCUAGACACGGUGUCUGGGUAACUAGUGCCGCCGCAAAUAAACUAGUGACCGGGUACCCUAAAAUCGAAUGGGAUUUUAGAGAUUGUGGCGGGUACAAAGGCGAGAAAUGGGCUACGGAGGGAACGAGUGAAGAGAUAUAUUCUCUCCUGAACACAACCGAGUAG